AUGCCUCCGUCGCCGCCGCGCCCGCUGCGCGGCGCGGACGUCAGCGCGUGCACGCCCCUCGUCCUCGUCCUCGACGCGGCGGCGGACGAGGGCGCGGAGUCGCUCCUGUUGUCGCAUCACCCGUCGCGCCGCGGCGUCGUCGCGACGGACGCCAUCGCGCGCGCGCUCAAGGGUCUCCUCCUCGCGACGACGUCGCUGACGCGAUCGAUGGUGGCGCAGGACGUCGAGGUGAUCGCGCUCGGGGUGGGAGACGGCGGCGGGGACGCCGACGACGCCGACGCGGCGGCGACGACGACGACGACGGCGACGACGACGUCGACGCGGACGCGACGACGCGCGGUGAUGAAGGCGGGAUGCCGCGCGGUCCACGACGACGGUCUCGUCGCCGUGCUGUUCGACGGCGAGGACGUCCCGGACGCGCUCGCGGCGCGCGCGACGAAGGAGUGCGUGGACGCGCUGACGUUCGCGCGCGGGGAGUCGAGCGCGUGGAUGCGAGAGCUCAGGGACGCGAGGGACGCGAGGAGGAGACGCGCGAGCGAGUCUUCGUCGUCGACGACGACGACGACGACGUCGACGACGACCGCGACGACCGCGACGACGGCGGCGCGGUGGUCGACGUCCGCGACCGAGUUCUUCGAGAAGACGUCGCGCGGCUCCGACGUCGAGCUCGCGCUGCACGCCGCGCUCGCGGCGAUCGUCCCGCGGCUGCGCGGCGUCGGCGGGGACGCGCGGGCGUCGUUCGAGUUGAGCGGCGACUGCGACGGCGACGACGGCGACGAAGUCCUUAAGGAACGGCGUUCACCACGCGAACGCGGUCGUAUGGGAACCAGUCACGGCGACGGCGACGACGAAACCGCCGACCCCGACGACCCCGACGUCGCGGCGUCCCGAGCGGUCGUCCGCCGCGCGCUCUGCGAGGCGGAGACAUCGACGCCGCCGCUCGCCGACCGCCUGCGCCUCGACGCCGCCGGUAGGUCGUUCGAGGACCUCAAGCCCGGCGCGAUCUUCUCCGACCGGACGCCGGUCGCGACGCACGCGACCGCGUCGCACGCCAAACUGGUCGCGUUUCACUGCGGCGUCGUCGGCGGCGUGUUCGACCGCGUCGCCGCGGGCGAGGGCGAAGGCGUCGCGGGGGGGAUGGCGGAGGUGAUCCCGUGCUGGGUGCCGACUGGGGUGCCGACUGGGGUGCCCUCCGACGAUCAUCGCGGAUGGACGCGGCGGUUUCUUCUCGCGACGAGCGUCGACGCGCGAAACGUCAUGUGCCUCUUGCUGACGCCCUCGUCCGCGCGCGACGACGACGACGCGUGGACCCCGAGCGACGCAGACGUCGCGCACGCGGUCGCCGGCGCGCGCGCGGCGCUGGAGAAGGCGCGCGACGCCAUCGCGCGCGUCGCCGCGGCGGAGGCGGCGAGGCGGGCGAAAGCGUCGGACGAGAGGUACCGAGUCGCCGCGUUCGCGCGCGACGCCGCGCGGAAACUCGCGCUCGCGGCGGGGUGCGACGCUCGAGACGCGAGAGACACGAGAGACGCUCGCGCCUCUCGCGGUGGCGGUGGAGGUGGCGCGGGAGGGGGUGAACGCGGCGGUGGAGAGUUGGGCAUGGUAAGGCCGAGCGGGCGGCGGCUCGCCAGCUGCGCGGAGGUUGAAUUUCUCGUCGGCGGCGAAGGCGAAGGCGAAGGCGGCGCGUGGAUCCGCGCGCGCGUCGAUCUCGACGCUGGUGGACGCGUCGCGUAG